AUGGAGGCCCAGGCCGUGGCGCGCCAGGCCUUCGAGGCGGCCUACCUCGCGGCGGCGCCGCUCUGCGAGGACCAGCGCGCGCUGAAGCGCGCGCUGCGCGAGGCCGCCGCGGCCUUGCUGGCGAAGCUCGAGGCAGCCCAAGCCACCAAGGAGGCGCAAACACCACCGGCCGAGCCGUCGGCGCCGGACGAGGAAGCGCGCUGGGCCGCGCGCGUCUGCAAGGCCGUCGUCAAGGACAUGCGCCACAGCGAGUUCUGCGUCGCCUGGAGCCGGCGCGGCGGCCGGUCGACGACGACGUUCGCGCGGCGCUACCGCGACUUCGAGGCGCUCUGGAAGGCGCUGCGGAGCGGCCGGCUCGUCGCGUUUCAGCCCCUCGUCGUGCCGCUCCUGCCGACGAAGGUCGGCUUCGGCCGCCACGUGGAGCAGAGCUUCGUCGCCGCGCGGGAGGCGGGCCUCCGGCGGUGGCUCGGCGUCGUGACGGCGUCGCCGGCCGCGCGCGCGGCGCCGUGCCUCGCGCGGUUCCUCGACCCGCGCACGGGGCCGGGCACCUUCGCCCACGACGAGGCGGCGCGGAGCCCGGACGACGACGCCUUCGAGGAGACGGGCGCGGAGCGGCCGCCGCCGGGCGGCCGCCGCGCCGCGUUCAGCCGCCUGCUCUCGGAGAAGGCGGCCCUCGACGGCGCGGCCCACGCGUACAGGCGCGCGAGCGACGCGACGAAGGCGCUCCGCGCGCGCGUCGCCGCGGCGCGGGAGGCCCACGCGGCGCGCGCGCUGGCGCUGGAGGCGCUCGCGGGCGCGCUCGCGGAGCAGCCCGGCGAGCGGAAGCCGCGCGCGGCGGCGCGGGCCGCGCUCGCGGCGCCCUUCGCCGCCGCGGUCGCGGGCGCCGCCCGCGCGGCCGUCGCCGUCGCCGCCGACGAGGCCCACGCGUCGCCCCUCGUCGAGGGCAUCGACGACCUCGGCCAGGCGCUCGGCUUCCACCCGGAAUCGGACGCGUCCGCGGACCCCUUCGCGGACCCCUUCGAGGCGCCGCGGCGCCGCGCGGCGCCGGCGCGCGAGCCCGGCUUCAUCCCGGACAUGCCGGACCUCUCGCCCAUCAAGGAGCGGCCCGCGCCGCGCCGCGAGGCGCCGCCGCCGCCGAAGCCCGCGCCGCCGAAGCCCGCGCCGCGCGGGGCCGCGGACGACGGCGACUACCCGACGUGGCGCACGGACCACGCCCAGUCCUGGCGGCGCCAGAGCGCGGCAUCCUCGCCGCCGCCGCCGCCGGCGCCCGCGCGGCCGCCGGCCCCGGGCGACGCGGGCGACGCGGCCGCGCGCGUCGCGCGCUGGGCGAACCGCCGCGCGCUCGCGGACCUCCUCGCGGACCUCCCGGCCCUCGUCCCCGGCGCGCCGGCGCCCGGCGAGCGGCCCGACGCCCACGGCGUCCGCGGGGCCUACCUCCGCGCCGCGCGGUUCCUCCACCCGGACAAGCAGAAGAACCUGUCGCCGGACGCGCGCGACGUCGCGAACGAGUGCUUCCUCCUGCUCAAGGACAAGUACGAGCGCCACGCGACGGCGCUCGCCGCGAGGGAGCGGCGGGUUUAA